AUGGAGAAACUCGCACUAGCGGUAGUAACUGCCACCAGAAAACUGAGACCCUACUUCCAGUCUCAUUCAAUCAUAGUAAUGACGUCGCAACCCCUUCGGACAAUACUUCACAGUCCGAGCCAAUCCGGCAGGCUCGCAAAAUGGACAAUCAAGCUCAACGAAUAUGACAUAGAAUACAAACCACGAACGAGCUCGAAAGCACAAGUACUAGCAGAUUUCGUCAUCGAACUCGUCCCAAAAGAGGAUAGCUCGAGCUCGAAUACUGAAAAAUGGAGAUUACAUGUCGACGGGGCAUCAUCGAAACAAGGAUCCGGAAUCAGAAUACAGCUCGAAUCCCCAACGAGAGAAAUGAUCGAACAUUCAUUUCGCCUAGAGUUCAGCGCGUCGAACAACGAAGCCAAAUAUGAAUCCCUGAUCGCGGGGUUACGGCUCGCAAGAAGCGUCGGUGCCCGAGAAAUCAGUGCCUUCAGCGACUCGCAAUUAGUCACAAGCCAAUUCCACGGAGAAUACAAAGGAAAAAACGAAAGAAUGGAAGCAUACCUUUCAGUCCUGCAAGAAAUCGCUCAACAGUUCGACAAGUUCGAACUAACAAAUAUCCCAAGGGGAGAUAAUACGUCAGCGGAUGCGCUGGCCGCGCUGGCUUCAACUUCCAAUCCGGCGGUAAAAAGAAUAAUACCAGUUGAAGGAAUAGAUAAACCAAGCAUAAAUCUCCCAUGUAAGGGAAUCGACCUUCAGGAAAAUAGCCCCCCGCGCAUUGAUGCAAUCACUAAGCGAAGUAGGACACGAAGAGAAAGCCAGGGUCUCGACAACGAAAACAGCGACGAGCCCGACAACCAAUCGGCCCCAAACACAUCGUGCGUCGGGACCAGAAGAACAGCGAUCACCGCAGCUAUCCCUGAAGAGGCCGUCCAUGAAACCAGCAACGAGGCACACGAAGCCUUCAAGAAGGAGCUAGAAGCCAUACUAGAUUGA